CAACCUGGUUUGCGUCAUGUCCUCGCCAGGAGCUUAUGGUGCCGGUAUGGCUGGGGGAGCUUUCGAUCCAAUGAGUUUUAUCAAAAAACCUCAAGUUAUUACUCGAGUUGUGUGCUGGCUAUUCUCAAUAGUUGUUUUCGCUUGUAUCUCAACAGGUGCAUGGCUAGUUUUGACCGAUGAAAAAGAUUACACUGGUGACGCUGUUUGCCAAAUGAACGCUGACGACAAUGCGUGUCGUUUUUCAGUAGCAAUUGGAGUGAUAGCAUUUCUAGCCUGCAUAGUGUUCCUAGUGGUAGACGCGUUGUUUGAUCACUUCUCCAACAUUAAACAUAGAAAGUACGCAGUCCUGUCAGACUUAGUUUUUUCCGGAAUCUGGACCUUCAUGUGGUUCGUAACCUUCUGCUACUUGUGUGAUGCGUGGAGAAAGACCUCGGUCGGUCGAUUGACUCCGAAAGGCAAAGAUUAUGAAGAUGCCGGCGACAUCAAGGCGGCCAUCGCCUUCUCCUUCUUCUCUAUUCCUCCGUGGGGAAUUCUAACGUACCUGGCAUUCAGACGGUUCAAGGAGGGAGUGUCUGCAGAGUUCAGUCCCUCUCAGGGCUUCGAGGACAUAGGUGGGGGACCUGCGGAUGGCUACUACCCAGAUUUAGGACAGGAAGCAGCUUACCACAACCAGAGCUUCGGUGGGGGAAACGCUUACCAAGGUCAGGGUUUCUAGAACACGGCCCAAAGCAGCCACUUUGAUGAAUACUUCACAAAUGACAUCUGGUGAGUUUGCAGCAGGGAAAGAAAAUGCCGAGGUUCAUUGGGCCCACUAAACUGAUUUUUUUUCGCGAACACCAAAAAAGUUAGAAGUCAGCUAAGUUUUGACCCUAACAGUCUGAUUUUUCUCAAUCAUACUUCUCAAUUAUACGUUUUCUUUUUUCGUUAACUGAAGAAUUAGUCUCAUGCGCGUUUGAGUAGGUUGAGCAUUGAUCAGACUUAAUACUUCUUCCAUCAUGUGUAGAGAAAAUUUACCAAUCGGCGAUGUUUUGGAAGUUCGGUGUUCAAGCUAAACCAAAAUAAGAGCUAUGUGAAAUGUUUUUAUCUAUUUAUAUAUGUAUCUGCAAUGAAAAUUCCUCUAUAUGUUUCCAGAAAGUCUAUUUCUAUCUUUGUGUAUAUCUUGUUUUUCAAAAUCACUUGUAAAGUUUAGUAGUGUAGUAUUUUUUGAUGCCUUGCCCUAAAGAUUCUUGAUAGGAAUUGAUAGUCCAAUUAUUAUGCAAUCAUCCAAAUGUGCAAUUCUUUCAAAAUGUGCAAAUAAAUUAAAACAAAAUCAAUUUUUCUGGAAGGCUUCAAUUUUUGGU